AUGAUGGCCAUGAUGUUAUCCGAUUUCUGGCACCUUCUCCUGCUACUCGUAGUCCUCCCGAUAGUCGUCAGUGAAGCAGUCGAGUAUGGUGUUGAUGUGAGCUACCCCAUGCACCAUCCCAAUGUGACAACGCCAACCAACAACCCAUUGGGUGAUCGGCAAUCCUUUUACGAAGAAAAUAUUCAGGGAUGCGAGGAUUUCUACCAAUCUGGCAAGUGUCUCACCAAUGAACGCGUCCGCGUCAAAAUGUCCCUCCGACAACCUAAAUCCAUGGUCAAUUACACAGAGUUGGGAUACACCAAGAUCAAGUCUCCCGAAUCGGUCAUGAAAUUGCUAUUGGAGUUUUGGCAAGCCAAUAAAGAGAAGGCACGCAAUGAAAAGUGGGCACCGGGAAACACAUAUACAAAUCAUUGGAAAGUACCCUCCAAGUUGGUCAAAAUUGAAGACCAAUCCAUGGAUGGAGGUGGGGAAGUACUCAAGCAAAAGGUAUGGGAUGCUGCACGAGAUACCAUUGAGGAAUGGACUGGACAACGCCUGGCUGAAUGCUCUCUUUAUGGCAUUCGAAUCUACGAAGAGGGGGCUGUUCUGGCCACUCAUGUGGAUCGGUUGCCAUUGGUUAGUUCGGCCAUUAUUAAUGUGGAUCAAGAUGUGGAUGAACCUUGGCCUCUGGAAGUGAUUGGCCACGAUGGAAAAGCAGUAUCAAUGUGGAAUACUGUACACGCAUCGCCUUCUAUUGCGAUUGCCGCAGAACAUCACAGUCGCCCAUUUCCCCUCAAAGGUCGCUUCAUGUCCAACAUAUUUGUCCACUUUGAGCCGGUGGGGCCAAUAUCCGACCCGUCUACCAACAGACGACUUUUCAGAGGCGAUUUGCCACCGUACCUGAUUCCCGGAUCCGAAGAAGAGGACAACUGGCGUCGCGCAAACCCCAAUGGCUGGAAAGCCACCAGGAGGAAUAGCUAUGACUAUGGAUCAACCGAAGCUCACGUCCUGGCAAAUCGUGGCAAUGCCUUGUCUCUCAACAAGGCCCUCGACAAUAAUCGAGAACUAGUCCACGCAAGAGACGACAAUGGUUGGACGGCUCUGCACGAAGCCGUCAGGUCGGGCUGUUUUGACUGCGUUGUGAACCUUAUUCAGAGAGGGGCGGAUGUGAAUGCUCUGACGGUAGACGGGCGCUCACCCCUGCACCAUGCAAAGAAGUAUGACUCCAGCCGAUCACACAACAACAGGAUCUCUCAUUUUCUCCAGCGAUACGGAGCCCGCGAGAUGGGUCCCGAGUUAUAG